AAAGCGACUUCCGGGAGCGCUACUUCCGGUGUGUUCUUGCCCACUUUGCCAGCCGCCACGAUGGGGAUCCUGGAGAAGAUCGCGGAGAUCGAAAAAGAGAUCGCCCGGACCCAGAAAAACAAAGCGACGGAGUACCACCUUGGCUUGCUGAAGGCCAAGCUGGCCAAGUACAGAGCCCAGCUUCUGGAACCGUCCAAAUCAGCUGCUGCGAAAGGCGAAGGCUUUGAUGUGAUGAAGUCGGGAGACGCCCGGGUGGCACUGAUUGGUUUCCCUUCUGUGGGUAAGUCCACAUUUUUGAGUUUAAUGACUUCCACGGCCAGUGAGGCAGCGUCUUAUGAAUUUACAACAUUGACCUGUAUUCCUGGAGUCAUAGAGUACAAAGGAGCCAACAUCCAGCUUCUAGAUCUUCCUGGGAUCAUUGAAGGAGCAGCACAAGGGAAAGGCCGUGGGCGCCAAGUGAUCGCUGUGGCUCGAACAUCAGAUGUUGUCAUCAUGAUGCUAGAUGCCACCAAAGGAGAAGUGCAGAGAGCUCUCUUGGAAAAGGAGCUGGAGUCGGUGGGCAUCCGGUUGAACAAAUGCAAGCCCAAUAUUUAUUUCAAGCCCAAGAAAGGCGGAGGCAUCUCUUUCAACUCCACAGUGACCCUGACCCAGUGCUCCGAGAAACUGGUACAGCUCAUCCUCCAUGAAUACAAAAUCUUCAAUGCGGAAGUGCUGUUCAGGGAGGACUGUUCGCCGGACGAAUUCAUCGACGUGAUUGUCGGCAACCGCGUCUACAUGCCUUGCCUUUACGUUUACAACAAAAUAGACCAGAUCUCCAUGGAGGAGGUAGACCGUCUCGCCCGAAAACCCCACAGUGUUGUCAUUAGUUGCGGAAUGAAGCUGAACUUGGACUACUUGCUGGAGCAGCUGUGGGAAUGCCUGGCCCUGACCUGCAUCUUCACGAAGAAAAGGGGCCAGAGACCAGAUUUCUCUGACGCCAUCAUUCUCCGGAAAGGAGCCUCCGUAGAGCAUGUGUGCCAUAGUAUUCAUCGGACGUUAGCCAGCCAGUUCAAGUACGCCCUGGUUUGGGGCACCAGCACCAAGUACAGCCCCCAGCGAGUGGGGCUCAACCACUUGAUGGAGCACGAAGAUGUCAUCCAAGUGGUCAAGAAGUAAAUGGCAGUCAGACAGGACAUUGGGGACAAGCGGGACACGGAACGACACAAAGAGGAGCAAAGCAAAGGAAGGAUCUCCUUUAUUUACCCCAUUCUCUCCUUCCUCGGCCGCCAUGAAACCUGCCUCAAAGCACACUGAAUGCUGGAAGAGAGAACAAUGUCGCCGGUUUCAUGGAAUGCAUUCCCAUUUUUUGGCAGCAAAGAGGUCGAAUCCAUGGCCAAGCCGUAACAACCAGGUCUCAGCUCCCUUUCCUAGAAAUUUCCCAAGUCGUUCUUUCCUUCCUCAGAAGUUUCCAAAAGUUCAGGAAAACUAUAAGUCUCAGUGAUAGUCCUCAAACACAAGAUAGUCCUCCUGCAGAAGUUUCUAAAAGUUCAGGAAAGCUAUAAAUGUCAAUGCUAAUUAUCGACCGCAAAGAAGUUCUUUCCUUCCUUAGAAUUUUCCAAAAGUCAGGAAAACUAUAAGUCUCAAUGAUAAUCCUCAAACAUAAAAUAGUUUUUUUCCUCCUGCAGAAGUUUCUAAAAAUUCAGAAAAACGAUAAAUCUCAAUGCUAAUUAUCGAACGCAAAGAAGUUCUUUCCUUCCUUAGAAGCUUCCAAAAGUUCAGGAAAACUAUACGUCUCGAUAGUCCUCAAACAUAAAAUAGUUUUUUCCUCCUGUAGAAAUUUCUUAAAGUUCAGGAAAAUUAUAAGUCUCAGUGAUAAUCCUCAAACACAAAAUAGUUUUUUCCUCCUGCAGAAGUUUCUAAAAGUUCAGGAAAACUAUAAAUCUCAAUGCUAAUUAUUGAACGCAAAGAAGUUCUUUCCUUCCUUAAAAGCUUCCAAAAGUUCAGGAAAACUACAAGUCUCGAUAGUCCUCAAACAUAAAAUAGUUUUUUCCUCCUGCAGAAGUUUCUAAAAGUUCAGGAAAACUAUAAAUAUCAAUGCUAAUUAUCGACCACAGAGAAGUUCUUUCCUUCCUUAGAAGGUUCCAAAAGUCAGGAAAACUCAAUGAUAGUCCUCAAACACAAAACAGUUGUUUCCUCUUGCAGAAGUUUCUAAAAGUUGAGAAAAACUAUAAAUCUCAUUGCUAAUUAUGGAACACAAAGAAGUUCUUUCCUUCCUUAGAAGUUUCCAAAAGUCAGGAAAGCUAUCAAACACAAAAUAGUUCUUUCUUCUUGCAGAAUUUUCUAAAAGUUGAGAAAAACUAUAAAUCUCAAUGCUAAUUAUCGAAUGCAAAGAAGUUAUUUCCUUCCUUAGAAGUUUUCAAAAGUCAGGAAAACUAUCAAACACAAAAUAGUUCUUUCCUCUUGCAGAAGUUUCUAAAGGUUCAGAAAAACUAUAAAUCUCAGUGCUAAUUAUCGAACACAAAGAAGUUCUUUCCUUCCUUAGAAGUUUCCAAAAGUUCAAGAAAACUAUCAAACACAAAAUAGUGCUUUCCUCCUGCAGAAGUUUCUAAAAGUUCAGGAAAACUAUAAAUCUCAAUGCUAAUUAUUGAACGCAAAGAAGUUCUUUCCUUCCUUAGAAGCUUCCAAAAGUUCAGGAAAA